UAUUAACCAGUGGAUAAAACUGUUCAUGAUGUUUCUUGGAAUUCGUAAGCUUAUCUUAUCAGGGAUCCUUUUGUUUGGAAUUGUGUGGAUUACCUUUACAAUUGGAUGGUGCCACCUACGUAAAAGAAACAAAGAGCACGUCUUGCUCAGAAACAGUGAUAUGACUAUGCAUCUUGAUGGUGAAAGAACAGGUCUUCGGGUAUUCGAUCCAUCUAUGCCAGUGAUAUAUGCCAUAACACCAACAUAUGCUCGAAUUGAGCAAAAGGCCGAACUUACAAGGUUGUCACAGACGUUGCUUCAUCUGCCCAAUUUUCACUGGAUACUUGUAGAAGAUGAUAUGAACAAAACUAAUCUGGUGGUGAACCUUUUACGGUCAAGCGGGCUCUCAUAUACACACUUGCAUGCUUUAACACCAGCAGAUAGGAAAUUGAAACCAACAGAAUCUCAUAGUUCAAAACCAAGAGGUGUAUCCCAGAGGAAUGCAGGGUUGUCAUGGAUACGGCGUUAUUUAGAUCCAGACAAACAUCCUGGAGUUGUAUAUUUUGCUGAUGAUGAUAACACAUAUGAUUUAAGGAUAUUUGCUGAGAUGCGGAUGACAAAAGGGGUUUCUGUGUGGCCAGUGGGGUUUACAGGAGGUCUGAAAUAUGCUGCACCCGUCGUAAAAAAUGGAAAGGUGACUGGUUGGUUCACAGGAUGGGCUCCGGAAAGGCCAUUUGCUAUUGACAUGGCAGGUUUUGCAAUCAACCUUAAACUAUUCUUCCAAUAUCCUAAGGCACAGUUCUUUAACUAUAACGUCAAAAGCGGGUAUCAAGAAUCCAGUAUCCUGUUAGCACUCAACACAACAUUGGACGGCCUUGAACCGUUAGCAGAUAAUUGCACAAAGGUACUCGUGUGGCAUACGAGAACAGGACAAAUACAAUUACUUGGGGAAAGUAGAAUUAAAUCGGAACUGCAUAAGGGACCCUACUUUUCUAUGGAAGUGUGACUACAUAUAAUAUUGUUACAAUACAAAAUCAAGACGGUAAGAAGAAUGACAAACAUGAAAGUGUGCUGCCUACGUUUACCAGAACAAUAUCCUAGGAUACUGUCAAAAGGAACAGAGUUGCGGUUGAAUAGUGAUGGCAGAUAACACAUGGUCAAAAGAAGUGUAUUUAUGUUUUGUAAAUCACGUGACUCU